GGUGUGGAGGUCCUGGUGAACGAGCCCUAUGAGAAGGAUGGAGAGAAGGGCCAGUACACACACAAGAUCUACCACUUACAGAGCAAAGUACCUACAUUCGUUCGAAUGCUGGCCCCCGAGGGAGCCCUGAAUAUUCACGAGAAAGCAUGGAAUGCCUACCCUUACUGCAGAACCGUUAUUACAAAUGAGUACAUGAAAGAAGACUUCCUGAUUAAAAUUGAAACCUGGCACAAACCAGAUCUUGGCACACAGGAGAAUGUGCAUAAGCUGGAGCCUGAGACAUGGAAACAUGUGGAAGCCAUAUAUAUAGACAUCGCAGAUCGAAGCCAAGUACUUAGCAAGGAUUACAAGGCAGAGGAAGACCCAGCAAAAUUUAAAUCUGUCAAAACAGGCCGAGGACCCUUGGGCCCAAAUUGGAAGCAAGAACUUGUAAAUCAGAAAGACUGCCCCUAUAUGUGUGCAUACAAACUGGUUACUGUCAAGUUCAAGUGGUGGGGCCUGCAGAGCAAAGUGGAAAACUUUAUACAUAAGCAAGAGAGGCGUCUGUUUACAAAUUUCCAUAGGCAGCUGUUUUGUUGGCUUGAUAAGUGGGUUGACCUGACUAUGGAUGACAUUCGGAGGAUGGAAGAAGAGACAAAGAGACAGCUGGAUGAGAUGAGACAAAAGGACCCAGUGAAAGGAAUGACAGCAGAUGACUAAAGCCACCCCUCCCUUUCUGCACUGUAUGUACUUUAUUCCUCACUGUGCAUGUCAUAGAAGCAAAAACUUGGUUUGGGUCCUCAAGGCCCCAGCGGCUCACCAUGGAGUCAGAAAACCGACCUCACCCCUCAUCUUUCACUGUAGUAGUGAUGAUGGCUGCCAUGUUAAAGGCGAGCUCUUGGGCUUUCACUGAAAAGGAUUAUGGCUUCCAAAGGCUGUGGAUGCAGAAACAAAGCUCAUGUGCCAUUCAUCACUUCCCCUCUUGGAACUCGAGCCAUGUCGAGGAGACACCAGCAUGCUUGUGCCUAUCCUGUACUCUUCAUGUCAGAGCCAGUUCCACACUGCCAAAUACUGGCAGGCAUUCCCUGCCCUGCCCCCUGAAAAAUCUGCUGGCCAAACAGCUUUUAUAAGCAUUCUCUGUUGUGUUUGGUUCUUCAUUUCCUUCUCUAUGACCCGGGGUCCCAUACUGAGUAACAAAGGCAACACCUUUCAGAUAGUGGGGCAGUGCUGCUGCCCAGGUCAUAGGGCCGGAAGUAGGGUGUCACUUGAUUUAUAUUGUCACUCCCCUGGCGUGCUUCCUUUGUUAGCUUCCAGUGCUGUCUCCCCAGUAUUCUGCACACCUGCAGAUCCAAGAUAUUGUCGCAGCCCAGAGUGGUCAUGAAUGAAACCCUGGCCCUACUCAAACUGAGAAAAUAAUUUCAUCAAAUAAAAAAAUUGGCUGUGCAAUGCAAACCUCUGCAUGCUCUUGCUGCCUAUGUCCUUAAAGCAGCUUCUGGAAGACAGAAGGGUAGGAUUAAGUGGAUUCUUGCAGUGCCAGCUUCCUGGUCACUGCUGGGGCCUUAGUGUCCUCUCUCCCAUUUCCCUCCCCACGAGCUGGCAUCCUGGCUCUUGAAAUUUCUCUGUUCAAGAUGAUUUGCAGUAUGCUUCUAUCUUCUUCUCUUGCUUCCUU